AUGAUCUUACUCGCCUUCAGCACUGCAAGCCGGGGGGAGUUCGUGCAUCAUUCCAGGGUGUUCCUCUUGCAAGCCUUGCUGUGGAUUUUAUGUGCUACUGGCUGCCGGGCGGAGCAGUACUUCAAUGUAGAGGUGUGGUUACAAAAGUACGGCUAUCUUCCACCAACUGACCCCAGAAUGUCGGUGUUGCGCACUGCGGAGACAAUGAAGUCUGCAAUAGCUGCUAUGCAGCAGUUCUAUGGCAUUAACAUGACGGGAAAAGUGGACAAGAACACAAUUGAUUGGAUGAAGAAACCUCGUUGCGGUGUGCCCGACCAGACAAGAGGCAGCUCUAGAUUUAAUAUUCGCCGAAAACGAUAUGCAUUAACGGGACAGAAGUGGCAACAUAAACAUAUCACUUACAGCAUAAAGAACGUCACUCCAAAAGUAGGAGAUGCUGAAACCCGUAAAGCCAUUCGCCGUGCCUUUGAUGUGUGGCAGAAUGUAACCCCUCUGACAUUUGAGGAAGUUCCUUACAUUGAACUAGAGAAUGGCAAGAGGGAUGUGGAUAUUACAAUCAUUUUUGCAUCAGGUUUCCACGGAGACAGCUCUCCCUUUGAUGGGGAGGGAGGAUUUUUGGCCCAUGCUUAUUUUCCUGGGCCGGGUAUUGGGGGAGACACACAUUUUGACUCAGAUGAACCAUGGACCUUGGGAAACCCUAAUCAUGAUGGCAAUGAUUUGUUUCUAGUUGCAGUUCAUGAAUUGGGACAUGCCCUAGGCUUGGAGCAUUCGAAUGACCCAACUGCCAUCAUGGCUCCAUUUUACCAGUACAUGGAAACUGACAACUUCAAACUUCCUAAUGAUGAUUUACAGGGAAUCCAAAAGAUAUAUGGUCCUCCUGACAAAAUUCCACCACCAACAAAACCUCUGCCAACAGUGCCCCCACAUCGUUCUGUUCCUCCAGCAGAUCCACGGAAAAAUGACAGGCAGCCUAAACCUCCCCAGCCACCCACAGGAGACAAGCCUUCUUACCCUGGAGCCAAACCCAACAUCUGUGAUGGGAAUUUUAACACUCUAGCAAUUCUUCGCCGGGAAAUGUUUGUUUUCAAGGAUCAGUGGUUUUGGCGUGUCAGAAAUAACCGGGUGAUGGAUGGAUACCCAAUGCAGAUUACAUAUUUCUGGAGAGGACUGCCUCCAAGUAUUGACGCAGUUUAUGAAAACAGUGAUGGAAAUUUUGUUUUCUUUAAAGGUAACAAAUUCUGGGUCUUCAAGGAUACUACUCUCCAACCAGGCUAUCCUCAUGAUUUGGUAACAUUGGGCAGUGGGAUUCCACCCCAUGGUAUUGAUUCAGCAAUUUGGUGGGAAGAUGUUGGGAAAACUUACUUCUUCAAAGGAGACAGGUACUGGAGAUAUAGUGAAGAUAUGAGAACUAUGGAUCCUGGUUAUCCAAAACCAAUCACAAUCUGGAAAGGUAUCCCAGAAUCUCCUCAGGGAGCCUUUGUCCACAAAGAAAAUGGCUUCACAUAUUUCUACAAAGGCAAGGAAUACUGGAAAUUCAAUAACCAAGUGCUCAGAGUAGAAUCUGGCUAUCCCAGAUCCAUCCUCAAGGACUUUAUGGGUUGUGAUGGACCAGCAGACCGGGACAAAGACCGACACAGCCCUCAAGAUGACGUAGACAUUGUCAUCAAACUGGACAACACAGCCAGCACUGUGAAAGCCAUAGCCAUUGUCAUUCCUUGCAUUCUGGCCUUGUGCCUCCUUGUCUUGGUUUACACUGUGUUCCAAUUCAAGAGGAAAGGAACACCCCGCCACAUACUGUACUGCAAACGCUCUAUGCAAGAAUGGGUGUGA